CGCUGCACUACUGUUUCGCGUUUUGUCCCGAUAACGCGUGUGUAUUUUUGUUUUAGAUGCGUGUUUUGAUCGGCAAAAAAACUGUUUAUUAAAAAAAAACUGUGUGUUCGGGAACGGUUCUACGCAUGCGCGUUGCACAUGUCAAUAUGCAUAGCCGUAGCCGCCAACGUGUAAGCUAGAGCGUGUAUUUUAUUUAGUUUAUUUAUAAGAGUUAAAGACUGAUUUUAUGUUCAAGAUGAGUAAAGACACUGCAAUAGAUUUGGACCGGAUUUUGCAGCAGAUGGGCGCGUUCGGAAAGUACAAUAUUGUGAACUAUGCGUUGUUAUUGUUUCCGAUUUAUUUGGCGGGAAUGUACGGUUCUGUGUUUGUUUUCGAGGCCAGCGAUAUAAAUUACAGAUGUAAAAUAGAACAAUGCGAAGGCCUCGAUGACACGAGCUGGUUAACCAGCGCUAUACCUCUUGACGGCGACCGACUAUCCAAAUGUAAGAAGUAUGCAGCUAUAGUCGGAAACGAGACCUGCAGUGCUGCCGCUUUUAAUACGAACAUCACAAUAGGGUGCGAUGCGAUACAGUACAGCCUUGAGGAUUCAGUAGUGAGAGAUUUUGACCUAGGCUGCCAAAACUGGAAGAGAACAUUAAUCGGUACCAUCCACAACUCGGGGCUAUUCGUGUCCCUGCCACUCACGGGAAUCAUGUCAGAUAGAUUCGGGAGGAAAAAGGCUUUGGCCGUCGCAUCCCUCAUGAAUGGGAUAUUUGGAUUCGCCAGAUCUUUUUCUAUCAAUUAUGUCAUGAUGGUGGUAUUUGAGUUUCUGGAAGCAGCACUGGGAGCAGGAGCAUACACUACUGCAUUUGUUUUAGCAAUGGAGCUAGUGGGACCUAAAGGCCGAGUCUUCGGUAACACUUUAAUUAACUUCAUAUUCACAUUCGGCUUGAUGACUCUCCCUGGCCUGUCUUGGUGGCUACAAGACUGGAGACAGCUACUCAGAAUCAUAUACGCCCCAGCCAUGUUGGUUCUAUCAUACAUCUGGUUGCUGAACGAGAGUGUACGAUGGCUGUUGAGCAAAGGGCGUAACGAGGAAGCCAUAGAAAUCCUCAGAAAAGCUGCCAAAAUGAAUAAUGUCGAUAUCUCCGAAGAACUUAAUCCAAUAUUCGAAAUGAAAGUACCUGAACUUCAACAAACUAAAAAUAUAGACGCAGAAAACGAUGGAACGUCUACUUUUGUAAAAGUGCUCAAAUCUAGGAUUAUAAGGACAAGAGUGAUCGUGUGUUCAUUUUUGUGGAUGACAUGUACUUUUGUGUAUUAUGGACUUUCUAUAAAUUCAGUGGGGCUGGGGGGUAACAAGUAUGUGAACUUUAUGUUAGUUGGGUUUGUGGAGAUUCCAGCGAAUUUUGCGUGUUUAUUAGUAUUGGACAGGUUCGGGAGGAAGAAGAUUUUGAUAAUAAUGUACAUUUUGAGUGCGUGCCUGUGCAUCGGUCUAUCAUUUAUACCAAAAGACCAUAAACUCCUGUCUCUCAUCAUAUACCUCUCUGGCAAAUUCUCGAUCACGGUGGCGUACAGCUCCGUGUACAUCUACGUGUCCGAGGUAUUCCCGACGAGCGUCCGACAGUCUCUACUGGCGAUAUGUUCCUCGUUGGGCCGUGUCGGUUCCACGUUGGCUCCGCUGACACCUCUGCUGGCACUGUACUACGACAACCUACCAUCCAUCUUCUUCGGCAGCCUCGCGCUGACUGCCAGCGCCAUGGUCUUCAUCCUACCAGAGACCCUCAACGUGCCGCUACCAGACACUAUUGAGGAGGCCGAACGUCUGGCGAGGCCGAAAAGUGUCAGUGCGGAGUAAAUGGUUUAACAGUGAAUAUGGAUGUGCAUACAGUGAAUUAUGUUUAGUUAAGCGGGCCAUAAUGAAAAACAUAAUAUACUUAGCCCCACUGAAAUUUUAUACCAUUUAUUAAGGCCAAGUCGUACAAAUGUAAAAUCUAAAAUAUUCUACUGAAAUUUUAACCUAAAAUUGACGGAAACAAAAGAAAUGCAACUCUGUUCCAAAUGAAUAUCGAUCGGCCUGAUUCUAAUUUUAAUAAACGUCAAAAAUUAGAUCACGAUACGAUAUAGAUCGAAUCUGUCAGUGUCAAUACUGUCAAUAGUGACGUUAAUAAAAUUAGAAUCAGAUUUAUGAUUUAAAUUUCAUACUCUAGCUACGUCUUAGAAUAGAAUGAGCCACGAUUCUGCAACAAAAAUUUUAGCUGCCUCAUUAUACAUAUAGAGCGGCAAAAUUUUAUUGAAUGAAGUCGUUUAUAAAGUGGCUUAUGCAAUUUUGCGACUGGAUGUAUUUACAUUUUCGGCUGACCCAGUGUCGAUUAGAACAGCCAAUUACUUAUUUUCAUAAUUUGUUGGUUGGUCCUAUAGAGUUGUUGAGAAUAACCUACCCGACGUU